GUUCAGGUGACUUUGUCCUGCUGGUCAGAGCCUGGCUGCACACACGUUGCUACCAAGCUCCAUUCAAGAUGGGGUUUGGUACAGGACCCAAGAUACCAUUAUGGGCUGUAAUUCUAGUGAUCUGCUGUAUCCAACAGAAAGCUUCAAGUGUAGAAGAUGUACCUGAAAGAGUUACCAUCAUCCCACCAUUGAAAAAAAUUGCUGUUAUAUCAUCCUUUCACUCCGCUCAUAACGGACAGAUCUGCAGCACAUGGGGUUCCUUUCACUUCAAGACAUUUGAUGGUGACAUUUAUAAUUUUCCUGGAGCCUGCAAUUACAUAUUUGCCUUCCAUUGCGCUGAAACAUUUGAGGACUUCAAUAUACAAAUUAGACGCCAAAUAGUAGGGAACACCUCCACAAUUAGCUAUAUUGCCGUGAUUCUGGCUGGGACAAAUUUUAAAAUGGAAAAGGAUAACAUUUUGGUAAACGACAAACGGAUCCAGUUACCUUACAAUGGACCUGGAUUUGAAAUAGAGAACUUUUUCAACUAUAUUAAAAUGGAAAGUAAAAUUGGCUUAACCCUCAUGUGGAAUAAAGAAGACAGUCUAAUGCUGGAACUUGAUAAAAAAUAUGCCAAUAGUACCUGUGGACUUUGUGGAGAUUUUAAUGGCAUUUCAAAAUACAAAGAAUUUUAUUUUGAGAAUACCCCCAUAACAGACUUCCAGUUUGGGAAUCAAUGGAAGGUGAAUGAUCCAACAGAAGAUUGUGAGGAUCCUAUACCACCUCCUCAGAAGAAUUGCACUGAUGAAUAUGAUAUUUGUCGGAAAAUACUAACUGGUUCUGCAUUUAUUGAAUGUAAUGAUAUUGUCAAUGUGAAUAGCUACAUUGAUGCUUGUGUACAUGACAUGUGUCUCUGUAAUGAAGUUGAAAAAUCCUCCUGCCUCUGUGAAACUUUCACUGAAUACUCUCGACAAUGUGCUCAUGCGGGUGGCCAACCUCAAAACUGGAGAAGUCUAGAACUAUGCCCAAUAUCAUGCCCUUCGGGUAUGCACUAUCAAGAAUGUGGAUCACCUUGUGCAAAUACUUGUACUAAUUCUGAAAGAUCACAUGUCUGUGAAGAUCACUGCAUAGACGGCUGCUUUUGUCCACCUGGAACUGUUCUGGAUGACAUCAAUGGCAAUGCCUGCAUCCCCUUUGAGCAAUGUUCCUGCAUUUAUAAUGGAGAAUCCUACGCUCCAGGGAUGACAUAUUCAGCUCCAUGCCGUUCCUGUGUCUGCAGUGGUGGUGAGUGGAAUUGCACAGAACUUCCUUGUCGUAGUAUUUGCUCAAUAGAAGGAGGAUCGCAUAUCUCCACCUAUGAUGAAGUGUGGUAUAAUUUCCAUGGAAAGUGUAAUUAUAUUCUAACUAAGAUUUGUGAAGAAGAAACCUUUACUGUUCUUGGAGAUCUUGGGCCAUGUGGCUUUGCAGAGUCUGAGACUUGCUUAAAAAUGGUGGCUCUUACCAUCAAUAGAGGAGAAACUUAUGCUGCAAUCAACCAUCGAGGCAAAAUAAUUGUUAAUGGGAUGUCUGCUCAGCUGCCUAUCUCAGUAGCUAAUGUAACAAUCUUCCAGCCUUCACAUUCCUUCAUCGUUCUGGAAACAAAUUUUGGCCUUCAGAUCGUGGUCCAGCUUAAACCUUUGCUACAGUUGUACAUUUAUCUGGAUCCAUCUUUCCAAGGGAGAAUGUGUGGCCUCUGUGGCAACUUUAACCAUAACCAGAGGGAUGACUUCAAAACCCUAAAUGGAUUGAUAGAAGGAACAGCAAUUGCAUUUGCUAAUACCUGGAAAACUGAAGCUGCCUGUGACAACAUUAAACAGCAUUUUAACGACCCUUGUACCGUGAGCACUGAAAAUGAAAAAUAUGCCCGUCAUUGGUGCGGACUUCUGACUGAUGGUGAAGGACCUUUUGCUAAAUGCCACCCCAUAGUGAAUCCAAAGGCUUAUCAUACGAACUGUAUGUAUGAUUCCUGCGCUUGUAAGAUAAGUGAGAAGUGCAUGUGUGCUGCCCUCUCUUCCUAUGUCAGAGCAUGCAGAGCCAAAGGAAUUGAACUUGUAGGAUGGAGAACCAACGCUUGUUUCAAAUAUACUACCUGUCCCAAAUCCCUGAAUUAUAGCUAUGAAAUUAGCUCUUGUCAACCUACUUGCCGAUCACUGAGUGAACCUGAUAUUACCUGCAACAUCAAAUUUGUCCCAGUUGAUGGCUGCACAUGUGAACAUGGAACUUACAUGGAUGAUUCUGAAACAUGUGUGCCUGCUAACAAAUGUCCCUGCUAUUACAAAGGAACCACCAUACUCCCUGGUGAAGUUUUCUAUGAGUUUGGUGAUGUGUGCACUUGUAACCAAGGAAAAUUAAACUGCUAUGGUGAUGGAGACUCCAAACAAGAAUGUACUGCUCCAAUGGUUUACUUUGACUGCAGAAAUGCCACCACUGACAGCAAAGGGGCCGGAUGUCAGAAAAGCUGCCAGACUCUUGAUAGUUACUGUUACACCUCAAAGUGUGUCUCUGGUUGCAUAUGUCCAGACGGGCUAGUGUCAGAUGGGAAAGGUGGUUGUAUUCCUGUGGAAGAAUGCCCAUGUAUUCACAAUGAGGCCACAUAUCAGCCUGGAGAAAAUAUCAAAGUUGACUGUAACACUUGUGUAUGUAAGAACAGGAUGUGGAAAUGUACCAUGAAGAAGUGCCUAUCAACCUGUGCUGUUUAUGGAGAUGGACAUUAUAUCACCUUUGAUGACAAGCGUUAUAUUUUCAGUGGGCAAUGUGAAUAUACACUCUUGCAGAAUUAUUGUGGCCAGAACAGUUCCACCCAGGGGUUAUUCCGAAUCAUCAGUGAAAAUAUUCCUUGUGGCACCACUGGCACCACUUGUUCUAAAUCUAUUAAAGUGUUCUUCAAAAACUAUGAACUGAUACUUACCGAAGAGCAGUAUAAAGUGGUAAAAAGAGAGAGUGGAGGUCAAAUACCUUAUAGAAUUCAUCAAAUGGGCAUCUACUUGAUGAUUGAGAUUCAGAAAGAACUAAUUGUCUUAUGGGACAAGAAAACAAGCGUAUUUAUCAAACUUGGUGCAGAAUUCAAGGGUGAGGUCUGUGGACUGUGUGGGAACAAUGAUGGAAAUGCAGUUAAUGACUUUACAACUCGGAGUCGAUCUGUAGUAGGUGAUGUAUUGGAGUUUGGAAACAGUUGGAAGGUAUCACCCACAUGCCCUGAUGCCAAAUGUGUCAAGGAUCCUUGCUCCAAGAAUCCUUAUAGGAAAGCAUGGUCACAGAAGAAGUGCAGCAUCAUCAACAGCGAAGUCUUCGCUGCCUGCCACUCUCAGGUGGAACCAACUAAAUACUAUGAAGCCUGUGUGACUGAUGCCUGUGCUUGUGACACCGGGGGAGACUGUGAAUGUUUCUGUACAGCUGCAGCUGCAUAUGCUAAAGUAUGUAGUGAUCAUGGCAUAUGUGUGUCAUGGAGAACUCCAUCGAUUUGCCCCAUGUUUUGUGACUAUUACAAUAAUGAAGGUGGAUGUGAAUGGCACUACAAACCUUGUGGAGCCCCAUGCACGAAGACCUGUAGGAAUCCAAGUGGGAGGUGUGCUUAUCAUUUACCUGGCUUGGAAGGCUGCUAUCCAAAUUGCCCAGGAGAUAGGCCUUAUUUCAGCGAGGAAGAGAUGAAAUGUGUUAGCGUUUGCGGCUGUUAUGAUGAUAUGGGUAACUAUCAUCAGUUAGGAAAAACCUUUACUACUGGAGAGGUGUGUCAAUCAUGCAAAUGUACCAAUGAAGGCAUUAUUAGCUGUGAACAUGAUACUAACGCUUGCUACUGCUACUACGAAGGAAAGAGGUAUAACUACAAUGAAGUCAUUUACAAUACCACGGAUGGCUUGGGUUCUUGUAUAACUGCAGUUUGUGGCAUCAAUGGAACAAUCAAUAGAGAAGUCUACAAAUGUGCUGGAAUUACCACAAAACCACCGUUUGAAUUCACAACUUCAAGUAGAACAGAAUCAAUUCCAACCAGAACAACAAUGUGUGUGCAUAAAGUUUGUAGAUGGAUGGGUUGGUAUGAUCUUAACUAUCCAUCAUAUGAAUCAACCAGUGGAGAUUAUGAAACUCCAGAAAACAUAAGAGCCAAAGGACAUAAUCUUUGCAAAAAUCCAGAUAAAGUGGAAUGCAGAGCAAAAGAACUUCCCGAUGAAACAUUGCAUUCUCUCAGUCAAAAUGUAAUAUGCACACCAACUGAUGGCUUGAUUUGCAAUAACAAGGAUCAGACUCCACCAGUAUGCUACAACUAUGAGGUCAGAUUCUACUGUUGCAAUUUAGAACCAUGUGGUCCUUUGACAGCAACACCUGCUACUAAAACUACUGGAGGAACAACAUCAAUUGCUGAAACAAAAACAUCACCACCUUAUAUACCUGAAUCUACUACUCCACUAGUUAUUGGGACCACUGUCCCUACUUCCCAGCCUUCUACACUAAGUUCAAUGCAGCCCAUAUCUACAUCCUGCCCUCCUAAAUGCCAGUGGACCCAAUGGUUUGAUGACCACAAUCCAAAAACCAGCCCUGAUGGUGAUUUUGAGCGCUUUGAAGACAUACGAGCACGUGGACUGGUUUGUGAGCAUCCCCAAGACAUUGAAUGUCAGGCAAAGGACUACGCACACACUACAAAUCCUGCCCCUGAUCAGAAUCUCCAUUGCAAUGUCAAGGUUGGACUUGUGUGCAACCAUAGCGAGCAGACAAAAAAACCAUAUAAAUGUGUCAACUACCAGGUGAAAUUCCUGUGUUGUGAUUACAGCCAUUGCCAACCACUCACAACAUCAGUAACUUCCAAACCUACAUCAGCCAAAACACAAUACACUUCCACAACAUCCAGUUCAUCCACCCUACCACACACAAUAUCGACCACCAGUCAAAGCACACCCCUGGUGUCUACAAGUGCAGAAGUAACAACAGGAAAGCAAACAACGACAACCCUUCCUACUCCACCAUCAACACGAGCAGUCACCUCUGGAAUUAUAUCAACGACACCGACUGCAACCCAAAGCACCACCUUGAUGUCAACCAGUGCAGAAGUAACAACAGGAAAGCAAACAACGACAACCCUUCCUACUCCACUGUCAACACUUGUUUCCACAAGCACACCCCUGGUGUCUACAAGCACAGGAGUAACAACAGGAAAGCAGAUAACCACAAUUCUUUCUCCUCCACUGUCAACACUUGUCUCUACGAGUUUCGGAAUAUCAACCGGUUCCACUCUAGCAACUACUUUAAGCAGAGCAACUCCAUGUUUCUGCCAUGUAUCUGGAACUCCUGAUUCUUUAUUUUCUCCUGGGGAAGUAAUAUAUAACAGAACAGAUAGUUCUGGAUGCCAUUUUAUUGCAAUCUGUGAUGCAAAUUGUGAAAUUAAGAGGUAUCCAGUAUUCUGCCCUACAACGACUCCCCGUCCAUCAGUUACAACCUCAGGAACAUUGCCUCUUCUCAGUUCUACAACUGUUACUCCAGAAACUCCAAGAACUACAGAAAUUGUUUUCUCAACUCCUGUACCAGAUUGCCCUGAUGUGGAUCCACCUAGAAAGUAUAAUGAAACAUGGAUGUUUAAUAAUUGCACUAAAGCAACAUGUGAGGGGAACAACCGAAUUGUUAUGGUGCCGCUCCCACAAGCUGAGAAGAACAACUGUGCCAGUGGACUUGAACCAAAGAAAAUAGUGAAUAAAGAUGGUUGCAUAGUACGCUAUGAGUGUGAAUGUUUCUGUAAGGGUUGGGACCAUUACAAUUUUAUGACUUUUGACGGCACUUCUUACACUUUUCAUGGCAAUUGCACUUAUAUCUUGGUGAAAGAGAUUGUGAAUAAAUACGGAAACCUCCGUAUUUUGCUUGACAAUGACUUCUGUGAUGUAGCUGCUAAUCAACCCUGUUCCAGAACCCUGUUAAUAUAUUACAAGUCUAUGGAAGUCCGACUAACUAGUGAAAUACAUGAAGGAGUGAGAGUUAACAAGAUUUUUUUUGGCAAUGAGUCUGUCCAAGAGGGUUUUGCCAAAGAUGGCAUCGUGGCUACUAGUGCUGGUGUUACCAUGACGAUUGAAAUGCUUGACAUUGAUAGUUUUGUUUCCUUCAAUGGUUUCACCUUCUUCAUUAUGGUUCCAUAUGAACUCUUUCAAGGCAACACAGAAGGACAGUGUGGGAGUUGUUCAAAUGACCAGUCAGAUGAUUGUCGCAAGCCCAAUGGACAGAAAGCUGACUCCUGCUCAGAAUCAGCUAUCUACUGGCAAGUGCCUGAUAUCAAUAAGCCCUACUGUCAGGUGGGGCCAACAACACCUCCUAUAGUGAGCACAACUGUGCCAACUACAUCAGUGGAGGCUACACCAACACCCUGCAGCUUUCCAUCACCUUUGUGCCAGCUGAUUAUAAGCGAUAUUUUUGCAGAUUGCCAUAAAGUUCUGUCUCCAAGAAAAUUCUAUGACAACUGCCUCAUUGAAACAUGUCAGAUUUUCAAUGAUUCCUUGAGCUGCCUCUACAUUGACAUGUAUGCCUCUCUUUGUACGGCUAAUGGGGCUUGUGCUGACUGGAGGAGCAAAACUGAAGGGAAAUGCCCCUAUCUUUGCCCAAAAGACAAGGUGUAUGCUCCUUGUGCUCCUAUUCAUCCACGGACCUGUGAAAAUGAAUUAAUGCAUGAUCAGAACGACCAUGUUGCUGAACGAUGCGUUUGCCCUGAGGGCUCAAUCUUGUUCAGUUCUCACACUGGCCUCUGUGUUCCUGAAUGUGGUUGUGUGGGACCAGAUGGAUCCCCCAAACCGCCGGGUAGCAAAUGGAAGAGCAACUGUCAAGAGUGUACAUGUGAUCCUUUGACUAUAAGCAUACAUUGCAAGCCACAGAGCUGCCCACUAACAACCCAUGAUUGUGUGGAGGAAGGAUACAUGCCCGUCUCUGUGCUAAAUGCAACAGAUCCAUGUUGCUCCAUAAUAACAUGCGUAUGCAACACCAGUAUGUGCUCCAACGAAAAGAAGAUUUGUGAACCCGGAUAUCAUGUAGCCUCAAUCUCUUAUGAUAACUGCUGUGGCAGCAUUAAAUGUGAAAUAACAGAAAAUGUCUGUUUGGUUAAUGGAUCAGUUUAUAAGCCUGAAAUGAUCGUUCCUGGUAAAUCCUGUGAAACAUGCACCUGUAGUUCUGUUACGGACCCUGCUACCAAGAGAAAUGUUGUGGAAUGUAAGCCAGUUACCUGCAACACAGAUUGUCCCAUGGGUCAUGAGUACCAAAUAAAACCUGGUGAAUGUUGUGGAACCUGCAUCCAAGUGGCUUGCAUCAUCAUCAUUAAUGGCACUGCUGAGAUACUGGAGCCUGGGCAGACAAAAGUGGAUAAUUGUAAACAGUACAAAUGUGAACCCAAGAACAAUAUGCUAGUUUUGGUUGAGACUAUAGAAAUGUGCCCUUUCUUUGACCCAGACUGCAAACCUGAUCAAAUUGAAUGGACUCAAAAUGGCUGCUGCAAGAUAUGCAAAGAGAUACCAAACUGCAAGCCAUACAAGAAUCAAACUCUAAUUCGUGAAAAUGAAUGUAUAUCUUCGGAAACUGUUGAAUUGACCUACUGUGAAGGAACUUGUCUAACCUCUUCAGUGUAUUCCCUAAAGGAAAAAGCAUUUCAGCAUAAUUGUAAUUGUUGCCAAGAGUCCAAGAGCCAUAAAAAAGAAGUAACCUUAACAUGUCUGAAUGGCACAACCAUCAUUUAUGACUAUUUAUAUGUGGAUGAGUGUAAAUGCAGCAGUGGAUGCAACUUCGAAGCUCCAGCCAGCUAGAAGAAGAAUUUUUUAAAUUUUUCUUAGUCCAAAAUAAAUCCAACAAUCACUCAUCAGAAAUCAGUCAUCAUCCAGUGCUACGUCUGAUCUCUCCCUGUGUCCUUGAACCAGAUGUUUUUCUAUUGGCCAGUUAUUUAAUCAAAUUAAUGUUCUUUUUCAUGUAAAAAUAAAAUUACAUUCAUUCUGGCAAACUUUCAAAAUGAGAGCAUUCUCCUUCGAAGGUUUUUCUCUUUAGAAAACCUUCCAAGUAUUCCUAACAUAAUGACAGAAAUGUAUAAUAUUAUAAUGUAGAAAAUUAAAUUCUUAUAUGUCCAUGCUUCUCUUGCUUUGCUGAUUUUUGAGGGAAGGCAGGGGUUACAAGUCUUUAAACAACGCAAUAUAAUCUGCAAGCGUAAACCUCUGUAUAGCAUCAAUACUUAACUUGCUUUCCCAUUUAAUUCUGCUUUUUUGAGAUUAAUAAACAAUACUUAAACAAG